AUGAGGUUGGAGAGCAGUACCAAGCCAGGAGCUGUACACUUAAUAAAAGGAGUCAUCCAAGUGAUGGAGGGAAGUGUCAUCCAGCUUCGAAUCUUUGGCCAGGGCAUCCAUGAAUCUACUUGGGAGAUUGUCUAUUUUUCUGAAUUGGCUACAGCAGAGCCUGAUUUUCACAAUUUUAAUGAUAGCUCCUGUUUUGAGAAGAGCAACGACUUGCGGGUGCAACCGUUCAGUCAAGACGUCCAGGAAACAUCUGCAGUACUUACCAUUGUGGUCAAGACUCUGCGCAGGGACGUCCACACCAAGAGCUAUGUGUUAUGCCUUGAAAAAGAUCCUGGGCAGUCACAGCAGCCGGUUGACAGGCACAAUUUGUUCAUCCAAGUGGUGGAGGACGUGAAACUGGAGCUCCCCCUCUGGCUUAUUAUCAUCUUAAUGAUUGUACUCUUGUCACUCUCAGGUAUAUUCAGUGGGCUUAAUCUGGGCCUGAUGGCUCUGGAUCCCAUGGAGCUGCGUAUCGUGCAGAAUUGCGGUAAGCCCAAGGAGAAAAAAUACGCCGCCCGUAUUGAGCCCCUCCGUAGGAAGGGCAAUUACUUGCUGUGCUCUUUGCUGCUAGGUAAUGUUUUAGUCAACGCUUCUCUUACAAUACUGUCCGACAUUCUUGUUGGCACAAACAUGGUGGCUAUUUCGAUCUCGACCCUUGCCAUUGUCAUCUUUGGAGAGAUAAUCCCACAAGCCCUUUGCUCCCGUCAUGGCCUGGCAGUAGGUGCCCACACUGUCCCCCUUACCAAGCUUUUCAUGUUGUUGACCUUCCCACUCUCUUAUCCCCUCAGUAAAAUCCUGGACUAUGUGCUUGGUAAAGAAAUAGGCACCGUAUACACCCGGGAGAAACUGAUGGAGAUGUUGAAACUGACACAGCCCUACAACGACCUGGUGAAGGAAGAGUUGAAUAUAAUCCAAGGAGCCCUUGAACUGAGGUCUAAGACAGUGGAAUGUGUCAUGACACCAUUGGAAGACUGCUACUUGAUCAGCAGCGACGCCGUCUUAGACUUUGACACCAUGACAGAGAUCAUGGAGAGUGGCUAUACCCGCAUCCCCGUCUAUGACAGAUAUUAUUCUAAUAUUGGGGAUAUGCUCUAUGUUAAGGAUCUAGCCUUUGUUGACCCUGACGACAAGACCCCACUCAAGACGAUCACGAAGUUUUAUAACCACCCGGUCCAUUUUGUUGCUCACAAUACCAAACUGGAUGCUAUGCUUAAUGAGUUCAAAAAAGGUAAAUCCCACCUGGCCAUUGUCCAAAAGGCGACCGAUGUCGAAGGCGAGCAUGAAGUGAUGGGUGUGGUGACGCUGGAGGAUAUCAUUGAAGAGAUCAUCAUGUCAGAAAUCCUGGAUGAAUCAGACAUCUCCGCUGAGACUCGUAGCAAAAGAAGAGCCACCCAAACAAGGAGGUGGGACUUCUCUGCCUUCAGGGCUGUUGGCAAUGAAGCAAAGAUCUCCCCGCAGCUCCUCCUGGCUGCCCAUCGCUUUCUCUCCACAGAGGUGCAAUGGUUCUACCCAAACAUCAUCACUGAGAAAUGCCUGCUGUGCCUCCUGAAACACCGAGAUGUCAUCUGUGAGCUGAAGUUUGAUGAAGGGAACAAGGAUGCCCCCCACCAUUUCCUAUACCAAAGGAAUAAGACAGCCGACUACUUCAUCCUCAUCCUGCAGGGGAAAGUGGAAGUCGAAGCUUGCAAGGAAAACAUGAAGUUUGAGAACGGACCCUUCUCCUAUUACGGGGUCCUGGCCUUGGGUCCCUUGCCCAUAGGAGAUAAUACUAGUGGAUUUCUCUCAGGCAAUAUAACUCGCCCCAGCUUUGAGCACAUGGUAACUGUGUUUGGCAGUUCUGGCAGCAGCAACCAAGUUCUUCCCAGCGCCAACUUGCAGUAUAUGGCAGACUUUACUGUCCGUGCCCUCACUGACCUCCUGUACAUCAAGAUCACACGGAUGCAGUAUCAGGACGGUUUGUUGGCCUCUGUGUUGGAGACCAGUAUGGCAGCCGCUGAGACCCAAUCGGUAGAAAAUGCUGAUGGUCAAAAAAACCUGUCCUGA